GGCGAGAGAGGAAAACAGUUCUCCCGAUCCCGCCAUAGUUUCCCCCCACUCGUCCACCACAGACCCAUCAUCAAACCCACCCACUCCACAGAGCGAUAGAGGCUUUAAGCUGCUGCUUGCUCGUCUGCUGGUGCCGGCUACAGGUCAAAGGAUUGCAUUUAUUCUCCCGCUGCACUCAUUCAGCUGGAUUUACAAAAACAAAAAAACAACGCCACGUCUGUUUUUACACUUCACCGAGAAUUGUUAUUCGCCCGAUUUUGCAUUCUCGCCGUUUUUGGUCUAUUUUCAUUACAGGUAUCUCUCAUUCCGUUGGGUCACAGUGGCAAGCGUGACACUAUCUUGUUGCGCUAUUAGCUCACAGAGGAGAGAAACUUUUUGCUGGCCUAAUUUGACUUUUCGGGGCUUUGUUUUUGCGUUUUUGGACUUGGACAAACUACUUCCACCAUGCACAAGCUGUACAUUGGGAAUCUAGGCGACGGCGUGACCGCCGAGGACUUGGGGAAAACCUUCGACGACCAUAAGAUCCCGUACUCCGGACAGUUCCUGAUGAAGAACGGCUACGCGUUCGUGGAUUGUCCAGAUGACCACUGGGCCAUGAAGGCGAUCGAGACGUUUUCCGGUAAAGUGGAACUUCAGGGGAAACGCAUUGAGGUCGAGCACUCGGUCCCCAAGAAGCAAAGAACCCGGAAACUUCAGAUCAGAAACAUCCCUCCUCACCUGCAGUGGGAGGUGUUGGACGGUCUCUUGGCUCAGUGUGGAACUGUAGAGAACUGUGAACAAGUGAACACAGACAGUGAGACGGCCGUGGUCAAUGUCACGUAUGCAUCACGGGAACAUGCCAGGCAAGCCAUCCAGAAAAUGAACGGAUACCAGUUUGAGAACAACACGCUGCACGUCUCCUACAUUCCUGAUGAUGCUGCUGAGCUGGACGGGGGCCAGCGUGGGCCCGACAACGGCCGGCGACCCGGGUACGGUCCUCGUGGCGGUCCCCGCGGUGGGUCCCCGAGCUCCGGGAUGCCACCCAAACCUCCUCAUGCCGACAUCCCUCUGAGGCUGCUGGUGCCCACGCAGUACGUUGGGGCCAUCAUCGGCAAGGAGGGAGCCACCAUUCGCAACAUCACCAAGCAGACACAGAGCAAGAUUGAUGUUCACCGCAAGGAGAACGCCGGCGCUGCCGAGAAGCCCAUCAGCAUCCAUUCUACCCCUGAGGGAUGCUCAGCUGCAUGCCGCAUGAUCCUGGACAUCAUGCACCAGGAGGCGAAAGACACCAAGACUGCUGAUGAGGUGCCUCUGAAGAUUCUGGCUCACAACAACUUCGUUGGACGCCUCAUUGGGAAGGAGGGGCGCAAUCUGAAAAAAAUCGAGCAGGACACGGACACCAAGAUCACCAUCUCCCCGCUACAGGACCUGACGCUGUACAACCCUGAGAGAACCAUCACAGUUAAAGGCGCCAUUGAGGCCUGCUGUCAGGCUGAGGUGGAGGUCAUGAAGAAGGUCAGAGAGGCCUACGAGAACGACAUCGCUGCCAUGAACCAACAGACCCAUCUGAUCCCUGGGCUCAACCUCGGAGCUCUCGGCCUCUUCCCCUCCUCCUCCAACAUGCCUCCGCCUCCGUCUGGAAACGCUGUCGGUGGAGCCCCCUAUGGCUGCUUUGGGGCUCCGGAGCAGGAGACGGUGCACGUGUACAUCCCAGCUCAAGCAGUGGGAGCCAUCAUUGGAAAGAAGGGACAGCACAUCAAACAACUGAGCCGCUUCGCAGGCGCCUCAAUCAAGAUUGCCCCAGCUGAAAGUCCAGACUCCAAAAUGAGGAUGGUGAUUGUGACCGGACCCCCUGAGGCUCAGUUUAAAGCUCAGGGCAGAAUCUAUGGUAAACUGAAGGAGGAGAACUUCUUUGGGCCGAAGGAGGAGGUCAAACUGGAGACACACAUCAAGAUGGCUGCAGCAGCUGCAGGGAGAGUCAUUGGAAAGGGAGGCAAAACCGUGAACGAGCUGCAGAACCUGACGGCAGCUGAGGUGGUCGUCCCCAGAGAGCAGACGCCCGACGAAAACGACCAGGUCAUCGUCAAGAUCAACGGACAUUUCUACGCCAGCCAGUUGGCUCAGAGGAAGAUCCGGGACAUUUUGACCCAAGUCAAACAGCCACAGAAAGGUGGGAUGGGUCCCGGGCCCCACCCGCAAGGCUUCACGGAGAUGGGCAGUCCUACGCAGGGACUGACUCAGGACCACCAGCCACGCAGGAAGUGAGGGUCCUCGUACUCUCCCGCGCCACGGGGCACCUGGCCUGACGGACAGACACACGGACGGACAGACGGACAAAUGCAUGGACAGAAAGAUGGACGGACAUAGGAGAGCGAUACAUGGACCCAGCGAUAGACAGGGAGAGAUAUAAAGAGGGAGGGAGUACGCCCGAUAGAGAGGAGAUAGGUAGUUAAAGAGAGUUAUAGUCAAAAGAUGAAUUGAAUAAAAAUUAUGAUUAAGAUGAAAUAAAACUUAAGAACUGAGACCAGAUGCCAGGCCAGAAGAGAAGUUGAUUGAGGAUAGAGAGACUGAGGAGAGGAGGGACUGAGAGCAGGUGAUAGCAUCCUUUAGUGUGCCUUUGUUAGGGCUGAGCCGCUCUUCAUCAUGUGAGGAAGACGAAGGCCUCCCAGACCUGGAGACACACUAGCAGGCGGCUGUUCGUCCCUCAGUCACCUUCGACACACCUCUCCACUCGUCUGCAAUCAGUCCUAUAUUUUAAGGGUGGUUUUUUAAAAAUAGAGAUAUAUGUAUAGAAAUGUUUUAUUCAGAGCUAUUAUUGAUAGAAUACAGUGAGGCAGAGCUGGGAGAGGGAGCGGGGAAACCGCUGCAGCGGCGACGGGAAGCUCCACAGAGUCUUUGCCCGUGGCCUGUGAGCGUUUAGAGGAGGGGCCGCAGAUGUUAACACUGCUCUUUAAAGACCUUUUCUAAUGGUGGAAAGAUUAGAAAAAAAGGAGAAACGAUGAGGUUGUAAAUAUAGAAUCUUCAUUUAAAUGUUAAGAAUGCUGUGUCUGGCCGCCUUGCAUUUUCAAAGGGGUCCCCUUUCUGUGAUAUGUAGCAUAACGAAGGGGCUGGCGAGGCACUGCGCUCCCCUCCCGUGUUCAGGCGGAGGCACAGCAGGAGACAGUACAGGGAGCAGAGGUCGCAGCUGGCCCUGCAGUUCUAAUGCAGCGGCUCAGCUCACGUGAAACCUUCCACAAACAGCCAGUCAGCCAUGCUGGCUGGCUCGCGGCCUGCGCCUUCAAUGGCAUAUUUUAUAUAUAUUAUAUAUAUAUGAUAUGUGAGUUAGCCCGGCCCCUCGGGUGAAUGUAUUAAUGCAGCCAGUCAGGUGCGAGUCCUGCAAAGACGCGUCGCGGGCUGUAGAUGGUCAGGGUCAGGGCCAGGACUCUGCUCGUGGGCCGGGUCCAGAGUCCUUAACACUGCAUUAAGGACCAGCUGCAGGUGAAGGACUGGCCUUGACCUACAGCCCAGCAGGCUUCUAAAGCCUUGAGCUCAGACGCAUGCAGACUCAGACGGACAGAGGGGGAGUGGCUUCCCAGUUCUCUCUCCCAAUCUGCUGAAGGCCUGUGGGCGGAGUCUCCAUGCCCCGCCUGCAUAUGAUAAUGAGGGGCGGGGUCUACGUCUGGACACUCGUCAAGAUUAGAUCCGAUUAGAGAAGACAUGAGAGAGAAAACCUACCUCAGGGUAAACUUACCUCAGUAUUCCUAACUUUUUUUUGCUUGCUGGUGUUUUAUAUGAGAAGUAAAAAGAAAAGAGCUGAUAGUCCUGAAUAUUUUUUAUUUUUUUAAAGAAAAAGUAUUGUUUUUUAGGUAUUGUCUUGUUGCUUUGGUUAUUUUUUUCUGUUUUUUGGGCGUGUUGACGGCUGAAUGAGUUCAGGAGGAUGAAGAGGCGCUUUCUGUUCUUUCCAAGCAGCAGAGCUAGAGGAAACGGAACUCGUGCCAUUUGGCCUUUUUUGAGGUUAGAAGCUCUCUGUCCUCCUGAAGUGUGACUGCAGCAGCUGUUGUCUGACAUGAGUAAAGUACGCCAACAGGGAGUAGUAUUACCUAGAGGGGGGGUCCCAGGGGCUCAGGGUGGGGCCUGAUGUCAUCAGGUCGUAUUGAGUCACCACGACCCUGUUUAAUUGCCCCCCGCUGGGCCGCCCUGUGCCUGAAGGACCCUUCUCUUCUGCCUUAUUGUGAUGACAUCAUCAUGAUGCGCCAAACAUUAUGAGAGGGCUUAAGUAUUUGUAACAUAGGAGUUUUUGGUCCCUAAAGAAAGAGGCGAGUGAACGUGAGCUUCCCAGCCACAUUUUACACCUGACGGAUGGAAACAUGUCAGAUCAGAGCUGGUCCCAGCAGGAGUGGAUCCACCUGCAGCCAGAACUCUACCUUCUCACAGCCACACCUGAACUAGCUCUGACUUCUCUGAAUGUGAAUAUUUAUUAUCUGUGCACUGACCAUAACACCUCAGAUGCUCCCUGUUGGCUACGUGUGUGUGGGUGUGUGCGCGCGCGUGUGUAAAAGUGAACGUUGACUGGUUUUAAAUGUACAUUUUUUUUGUCAGGGGAAGUGGUUGGGUGAAAAAGCAGAAAAAAGUAGGACCAGAACCUAUGGCCUCCGCCUGCGCUCCAACCGAGCCGGGAGGGAGGAAACCAAGACCCUUAGAAAAAAUGGGAGCACACGAACGAGAAGCAGCAGCAGUAACAGCUGAGGUGUUGACUUACAACCUGUAAAUAAGAUGCUAACGAGUGAUCAGCAUUAGUUUUGUACUUUUGGAGAAAAACCGCGGGAGCAGACGAACGAUCGCGCUAAAGCCAAGUCUCUUAAGGUCACUGCCACAAACUCCUUUUAAUGUCUUACUGCUCGGCAGCCGGCUGCGCAGAGUCUCCUCUGCGUCAAUGCUUCCAUUUUUUUAAGAGGCGAUUGCGUCACAGCUCAACGUGGUUGUCCUGUGUCAGAAUCCACCUUUUUGAACCAUAGAGCUCUGUUCACAACCACCAAGACACUCGAUAUUUAGGAUUCAGUAUUCAGCCUGUCGGCGUUUGGAUUGGUUCGGAUAAACGCCGUUAUUUAGUUUGGACAAAACAGCAAGCUUUACUUAGACAAACCACGCUGGGACACGACGUCGGACCGGUCGAUAGAUGUGUCAACGACGUCAGACUAUUGGAAUAAUGAGAACACCUGAUGCAGUUCUUGGAGGAAACGGUGGAGGAGGAGGAGGAGCGUCCUUCGCUCCUCCGUCCGAACUCCCCGUUCCUCGUCCGGCUCCGUAAAUGGGAGCGGCAUGAGAUGUUUGUUUACUUUAUUGGGAAGAAGAAUCAGGAGUGUGCGGGCGCGUCAGGGUCCCUCGCCCUCUCUGGCGCUGGUCUCCAUCGUGUUCGUUUUGCUCACUUCUGUUUAAGACCGUUCAGUUUCUUACUUUAACCAUCUUUCUAUCUUUUUUUUUAUUAUUGGUGUUCUGACUUUACUUGGAAAAGUGAAACUAGUCAAAUUUGGUAACGUUUUUUUUUCUUUCUUUGGUUAUUGAAUGCACACAUUUAUUAACAAAUCAGCUACUAAACACGACGUGCUACCGUACUAACGUAGGUCAGUAACUGUGCCAAACACAGGAAGGGGAAGUCCAGUGUCAGACUGGUCCUGGACGGUGUGUGCAGUAACGUCAUUAACCUCCAAAGGCCGCGUCUCGUGUUGGACCUGAACUCCUCACACGUUGAUUUCUGUAUGUGUCGUAGUGGCAGAAGAUGUUUUAGCCUUGUUGUAUCUCCACAUAUGAAAGGAAAGCGAAUCACAAAUCGCCGUACGUGCGGCGGCAGCUGAAGCUACGGCUGCGCCGCAGGCCCGGAUCUCCUCUGAGCCCAAACGGGAUCUUUAUGCAAGUUGAGGACAGAUGUAGAGCAGCGCAGUGAGACGUGACGCGUGCUGCGUCAUGGGCUGUGCUCUUCACCCCCUAGAACUACUUCACGUUCUGGAACAUUCUGGCAGAUUCAGAUCAGUGUCACUGUGAAAAGUCAGCUACACUUGAAACGUACUAGACUCCAUGCGCGCGUCGCGGUGACCUGUGACCCCUCCCAGGUCUGUCUGGGGGAGGGCAGUAAUUUAGUGGUGGUACAAAUUCUCCUUCUGUUCUGAUUGACGAGCAAAUUUCUGUUACACUAAUUGUUCCUCACUUUGUUAUUACUUAGUCAGACGAUCCAUUGUUAGGACAAAACUGUUGAUUCUGGCGGUUUGAAGCUCAGCAUUUAGGCGCAAACAAAGGAAGAACUCGCCGGCGUUGUCAUGGGAACGCCCUCAGAGCUGGACCGAGCGGAGUCAGAAUGCGGAGAACGUGAAAACCUCCUCACACAUAACUAGGAACGCUACCUCAGAAAAGCAGCAAUCUCAACGCGAAGAUUGACUUUUUCUUUUAGUUAUCGCAAGCAGACCUGAGCGGACAGGAAGCACCGACAGCCUUCGUUAGAGUCACAGGUUCUUUCCUUUUAAUUUAUUUCUCGGUAUUAGAAUGCAACUGUAAAAUAACUACAUAAAUAGAAAAAAAAAAAGACAAAAAAAAUCCACCCUAUGUGGACACGUGGUUCAGGGUGAGAUGGAGCGAGGGCAGCGAGGAUGAGGAUGUUCAGGCCACUCAGCAGCUUCCCUGCAGCUGAUUUCUAGUAUUACGUCAUAAGUACUAAUAAGUCCAAACCAGCCGGCACAUGUUAAAGCCCCGCUCACGUUAGAAACGACUGAGCUCGUUCCUGAUGAAUCGCACGCUCAGCGCCGCUCAGGCUCCACGUCUCCUCCCUGUAAUCUCACCUCCUGAAUCAAGGGGCACGACACCUGUAACCAUGUAAUUGUUUUGUUGAUCUACCUCUUAGGAAUGAAAUAGGUAAAUGGUAAAUUCUGUCUUGGAAAAGACACAAAAAUUGCAAAAAAAUUUGCUUGAAAGGAAUCUAGUGACGUAAAUUGGGUAGCGGCAUCUCCAUAUACUGUAGUGGGUAGAAAAAGGAAAUGUUUUACUUCUUCCAAAGAUGAUUUUUUUUCUUUCUCCAUUCUUCGUUGUUUUGAAAGAAUUAUGAACAGAGAGGAUACAAAACGUAUGAUCUUUUUUAAACAACCCAACAUACAUGAGAUUUCUUUAUCAACUGUGCAUCUUGUUUUGUUCAUUACAUUAAACUUACACUUUCUUAACUUCAAAUUCCUCCUUGCUUUUAAUUUUUGGUUGACUUUUAAUGUUUGACAGCAGAUUGUAUCUUGUGCGGGUGCAUUCAGCCUUUUGCUUCUCUGUUCACCGACUACAGUUAGAGCCUGAGGACCUUCUAAACUCUACUUUGAUUUCAAAUAAGUUGUUAGAGAACGCAAACGGACCUGUUGUUUAAUCUGACCGCGCUGCUGCACGUGGAAGGAGGAAGCGCUCGUCUUCCUCCUGCACGGUGAAUCUGAUCUGGGCUCAGCCUUUAAACUAAAACCACGCAGGUGAUGAGGCGAGACCUUUGCUGUGAUGCAGCGUGAUGGAGACGCAGCUUCCCUCCUUCCACCAGAGGCAGCUGUGGUCUUCAGUCUGGACGUUCACCCUCUGCCUACUUGAUUCCUCUAACCCUCAUCAACACUCGUUUAAACUCCUUGUAAACAAAGCAGAGCAUAGAUAUGAAUGUGUUAAUAAAAGAUGAGAAAAUGGA